CAGGAACCCAACGACAGUGUUGAUUUUGAUUUUAACGUGGGAAACGGAGCAGGGGAAUCUAUGCCCGACUACAUUGCUGGCGACGGCAAAUGGAACCGAAAUACGGGCCGUGGCAAAGACCCCAAAUUAAAGCCGUGUUUGUCAAGUACAAUCCUCACUACCGUCACCAUGUGAAGGCAUAGCCCCCCCCCAUUUUUUUUUCAAUUGACUUGUCCAUCAUACCUAAAAGGAAAGCUUCCGGUUUCAUUAAUAUUUAAAUCUUAAAAUAUAUGUUUUUUGCAUUGUCAUUGUUAUAUUUAUCCAGUAUGUUUUCACAUCUUUGCAAGAGCACCGCCAGUGAUAAAAUGAAGCUGGAUUUUUGACCAUGGGAUUACCCUGUUCAAUUUGGCCUCUAGCCCUGCUGAGCGAGGUCUGUAACCCACUUCUUGCCCAUAGGAGACCCUGGAUCACACUCCAGGAAUGCCAACUCCAGGAGAAAAAACAGCCAGUCUUUAAUACACAGAACUGACAAAGCCGCACAGCGAUGUCGUUUGUGCUCCGUGUAUCUUCUGAAUGCAAUUGCUUUAGCUCGUGAGCAGCAUUGGAUCAACUCGGCCCCAUAGGAAAAGCUUUCUUAAAUUCCCUUACUUGAUUCCCAUUAGCUGGAAGACUCACCAGUUGGAAACACAAUCACACAGCAAAGAGGAGGAAAGACCCUGGGAGGGGGGGAGCUUUCCAACCUCUUUUUGCCCAGUUCUCUCCCCCCACACACACACAAACACACAGAUUUGCACAACACCCUCUAGUAAAAUGUGCUGGCUAAUUUCCAUCCGAGUUGUUUUGCUGGCUUAAUUCAAUCCAUCCACUCCUGGGGAUAACUCAUUAAACCAGGUUUGGCUCUGGUUCAUGCCUGCAGCCCCCUCCCACUCCCCCAGCUGUACGGCAAGCAUGUUGUGGUCUUAAACCCCACAGCUCCCGUCCUUGUUUCCAAGCUAGGCAGCAAAGUCCUCCCCAAAAAUGCACGGAGAUGGUCUGUCUUUGGCGUGUGCAGAAGGCGGUAUAGGAAAGCAAGCAAAGUCAAGAGAAGCCAGUAGGGCUGUGUGUGUGUGUGUGUGUGUGUGUGUGUUCUUUCCUGCAGCAGGCAAAACUGCUCAUCUCGAAGAAUCAGAAAAUGUGGAAGGCAUGAGAGAGCACAUCUCCUGGGGAAUCCAUCUCCACAUGAUCCCACCUCACCGUCUUCUCCCCACCAGCCCAGGGAUCUAACUGCUUUCCAACGCUCCCUCCCAGAAUGGAUUUCCUAGCCAACCAGACUUCCAACGAUUCCGCUCUAAACAUUUCAGAGCUGGGACAAGCCUUCCCUCCCGACAACGGUGACCUCAGCUCCAUGAGUUAUUCCACCAUUAUCAUGUCUGUCCUCUUUGGUAUCAUCUGUCUGGUAGGCAUCAUUGGCAACAGCCUGGUGAUCUGCGCCGUCUUGAAGAAAUCCAGCCCCAGCAGCAGCGUACCGGAUAUCUUCAUUGUCAACCUUUCCUUGGUGGACCUCCUGUUCCUUCUGGGGAUGCCCUUCCUCAUCCACCAGCUGUUGGGCCAAGGAAGCUGGAAAUUUGGAGGAACCAUGUGCACCAUCAUCACCGCCUUGGAUGCCAACAGCCAGUUCACCAGCACUUACAUCCUCACCGCCAUGUCCAUUGACCGCUACCUAGCUACCGUCUAUCCUUUCUCCUCCACCCGUUUCAGGAGGCCCCCGGUGGCCAUCACGGCCAUCUGUGUGCUUUGGGCCCUCUCCUUUCUCAGCAUCACUCCCGUCUGGAUGUACGCCCAGUUGAUUCCCCUACCAGGAGAGCUUUUAGGGUGCGGGAUACGUCUGCCAGACCCUCAGUGGGACAUCUAUUGGUAUACCCUCUACCAGUUCUUCCUUGCUUUCGCCAUCCCUUUUGCGGUCAUCACGGUGGCCUACCAGAGAAUCCUCCUGAAGAUGGCCAGGUCUUCUGAAGCCCUCACCAGGCAAAGAGGCACCCAGCUCCGGAUCAAAAGGGUGACACGGAUCGCCAUUGCCAUCUGCUUGGCCUUCUUUCUGUGCUGGGCUCCCUUCCAUGUCCUACAGCUUGUCCAACUAACCAUUCAACCCACUUUACCCUUCUACUAUGCCUACAAUGUGGCCAUCAGCCUGGGUUAUGCCAACAGCUGCCUUAACCCUUUCAUCUACAUCUUGCUGGGGCAGAACUUUCGCCGGAGGAUCACGGUCUCUGACCAGCCGGCAGAUGUGGAAGGACUCUUCCAACAUCAGGUCAAAAGCACCCCCGCAGACCCCAGUGAAUCUGGGCAGCCUUUGCUACAUUUGGUCUCUGUCUUGGCCAGAUAAGAGAUGACAAAUGGAUUUCUUUGGGUGAAUUAACUCUAGGGAUAUGUGUCCAUCCAUGCCAUUUUUGAGAACUUUUGGGACUUUUGUAAAAAUGAUCUUUUCUGCUUUGGACCAUUAUGGCGUAACCUGCAGGAGCAGGGUCCUUAAAUAAAUCACUCUUUUGCAUACCUGGCAGCUUUAAGAGGUAUGGACUUUAAGUAUGCCGGCUGAGGAAUUCUGGGAGUUGAAGUCCACACGUCAUACAGUGACUGUGGCCAAAUUUGGGGGGGAGGGAAAUACUGAAAUAAACAAAUCAAAAGGUAGCUGAAGGCAUCAUGGACAUUGUGUGCUUUUUUUUUUUUUUUUGUAUUGAGAUUCUCCAAAUACACCAAACUGAUCGAUUAAGAAACAUUUUAAAUGACAUCCAUUCCCUCGUUGGAGGUGGGGCCGAAAUCAUUUUGGGACGAGUCCCGUGAAAACAUUCAACAGCAAUUUUGCUUGAUAAUUCUCAUUUAAAUUCAGUAACUCCAUCUAAUAUUGUAUUUCCGGGCAUGCCUAUGCUGAUUAAAUUACAAAUACAAUAUUGUUCUACUUUGUGUUUUGGUUUAAUUUUGCCUGGAAAUUUAACCUUGAUGUGUUUGUGAACUGUAUUGUACAGUCCAAAAUCUUGAAUAAAGAGAAUCUAACUUC